AUGCUGGUUCGGAAUAACACCGUUUCUGCCAGUCAGAUAGGGGAAACGAAUUUGAUAUUUGCGAUCGACAAAAAUUCCAGGGAAUUACUCCAGGAUGGAAUUUGCAUUAUACCGAGACAACUGUUGGACGAAAAGGUACACAACGACACCCAGGCUUUGUCUUCAUUAAUAUCGGAAACAUUAAAAUCGGCACAUGGUGAUAAUGAUUACUACAUCAAAGACUCGUUUGAUGUCUCUCGCCAGUUCUACAGGUUGUCAAUACCACCUGAUCACAUUAUCGCCAGUCUUGAUGUGGUGUCGCUAUUCAGCAAUAUCUAUCUGGAUAAUGCAGUUCUUCGCACAGUGUUGUACAGGUCACUCGCCAUAUUGACACUUCUCGACACACAAGUUCGAGUAGUCGUUUCAGGAGAGCUUCAUCAAACUCCACUUAGGUCUCUGAUGCAAUCCGAGUGCAGAAAAAUCGAUAUCAAUUUUUGCAAUCUGGAGCGGCGUGUCGCUAGGAAAUUGUCUGGUGUGACCCGAGAGCCUUACGGAGAUCAGACAGGGGGUGAUCAGAAUGAUAGUCAAUCAAUGAUAGUAGAAGCCAAUCAUAGCAAAAUCGAUAUAGAUAUUGAAGAAUCAACCGAUCAAACAAUUCAUUCUAGCCACGAACAUCCAAUUAUAGGAAUACCAAUAACUGAUACUCCAGUCAACUAUGCAUGGAAGUUAGAGAAAGAAUUGUUUCUGGUAGGUGAAAUACUAAUGUGUAAUUCACUGCCAAAGAAAUACGAUGAUAUGGAAUCAGCGAGGAAGGAUUUAUCUAAUGGUAGUGCAAUUAUUAAGUUCCUAAAUCAUAUUCAUGAAGCUCUAGGUGCUUUUGAUCUUGUUGACCAUAAAAUACUAGAAAUGAAUGGGAUUAGAUGGCCGCCCUUUCAACGGUUCAAAUGCUAUGUGAAUAAUACGGAACCCGUUGCGGAAGUAGAGAGUCCGACUCCAGUAUGUACGAAGAGACCUACACUGGACAGAAUGUUCGCUUCGACUUCACAAAGAAAUGAUGAUGGUUUGCGGGCGUCUUACAAUAUCUCGUUACUUAUAGCAAACUCCGGAAAACCGCAUACUAUCGGAGAGAAGUUAAUUUUGCCAGCCGUUGAAGAGGUUUUAAAAACUGUUUUACACAAACCUGCAUCUGCUAUCGUCAAAAGAAUUCCCUUAAGCAACAAUACUGUUGAAAGACGUAUUGAUGAAAUGAGUUCUGAUAUUGAAAGCUUCUUAUGUAAUUAUUUGCAAACGACCCAUUUCUCUAUACAACUGGACGAGUCAACUUUACCUGAUAAUGCAGCAUUAUUAUUGGCAUAUGUUCGUUUUAUUAUGAAUCAAGAAAUCUACGAAGAACUGCUCUUCGCAAGAACUUUGAUAACCGACACUAAAGGUGAAUCAAUAUUUCAUGUUUUGAAGGAUUACUUCAUCGAAAAAGCAAUUCCUUUAUCAAUUAUAAUAUCAGUAGCUACAGAUGGAGCACCUGCCAUGGUUGGAGAGUUUCAGAGCAUCGACAUUCUUAACGAUGAAGACUUUUGA